AUGAGUCUACGCUUGGCCGCCGACUCCUACGAGAGGGCUGAGUUCCUGGAACCGGGAACCUGUCAGGACCGCCUGGCCUUCGUCUACUACAAGCAGGGCGAGUGCUUGUUUGAUGGAGGACAGUUCCUGGAGGCCCUGGAGGUCUUCAAACGGGCCGCGGCGCUGAGACCAGGGAACACGGCCUUUAAGGCCCAGAGCCUGAACUGUCUGUUGUCCGCCGGUCGCUACGACGACAGUCUGGAGACGCUGGACGACCUGAUAGCGGAGAGUCCGACCGCCGACCUUUACCUCGCCAGAGCUCGACUCCACCACCUGAUGAAUCAGCCGGUUCUGUGUCACCAGGACCUGGACUCGGCCCGGGCCCUGGAACCCGCCCACCCGGAGGCGGCGGCGCUGCUGCGGCAGCUGCGGGUGGACGCCCAGGACAAGCGGGGGAUGGCGGUGGAGGCGGCGCUGCGCGGGGAGCUGCGGCUGGCCGUCACCGCGCUGAACGUGGCGGUGGACUGGGACCCGCAGGACGGGCGGCUGUACCUGUUCAGGGGGACCCUGCUCCGGCGCCUGAGGGACUUCCCCGCCGCCCUGGAGGACCUGGACCGGGCCGCCCAGCUCCUCAACCAGGACCCGGGUCCGGCUGGGGCCGGAUCGGACCUGGAGGAGCUCCACCAGCAGACAGCGCUGACCUACAACGACAUGGCAGUCCUGAGCUUCACCGAGGAGCGUUACACUGAGGCCAUGCAGCUGCUGAACCGGGCCCUGGACCAGGACAGGAACCAGCCCAGCGUGUACCUGCACCGGGGAGAUUGUUUCUUCAGACUGGGGGACUGGUGCUUCGCUCUGGCCGACUACCAGCAGGCCGAGGAGAUCGUGGGUUCUGGGGAUCCUGCGGUCCGGAACCGCCUGGCCGUCAUCCACAACAUGCUGGGAACCUUCUCCUUCGAGGACAGAUGCUUCCAGGAGGCGGUGGACAUGUUCUCACAGGCGCUACGCUACAACCCCAGCGCUAGCCGCUACUAUGAGAACCGGCUGAAGGCCCGUCGCAAGAUCCAGGACGUGAACGGGGCCAGGGAGGACCUGAUCUGCUUGCUGGUCCUGGACCCCAGCGGGGACGAGGUCCCUGCAUAUCUGAUGAGCCUGUUCCCUCGCACCAAGAAGUCCAGCAUCUUUUCCAGCCCAAGAGGACAAGCGGUGCAAGCUAGGCUGUCGGAGGACAUCCAGACCUGGAUCCAGUCUGAGGAUCGACGGAGACUGACGGAGAGGAUCCAGGUAACAGAGGCCAUGUCCAGGUUGGAGCUAGCGGACCGGCAGGGACCUGAGCAGGUACUGAACCUGGGAACCACGUUGACCGGGAACUCCGGUUCUGCUGAUUCGAAUAAAAUCACCUCCGCCUGUCCCCCUCCGUCCACCUCCACCUGUCCACGUCCACCUCCACCUGUCCCCCUGUUCCUGUGA